UUAGAUUUGUUUGUCGCAGUAAUUUAUAAAUAUAUAAUUUUUGAACUAACCAAUUGAAUAAUUCGUUAUUCGUAAUGUGCAUACAAUCGGGAUUAGUAUUUAGUGUAUAGAGUUUUCUUUUAAUGCUAGUGCGUAGUUGCAGUUUUUAUUGUGAUCGAUGAUGUAAUUUGCCGAAGGACUCCUAGCGAGGUUGGCGCGGCGGUUCAUUGUUUGCGGCUUUUUCGGAUAAUCACGAUGGAGAGUGAUAAUGUGGGUAUCGGUAAUCAUGAGAAGGAGGAGCACGAAAUCAGUUCCCAUUCGACGCCGCAAGAACACAAGUCUUUUGCUGAAUUUGCGAAAGAUAAAUUAGAUAGUGCUGGCAGGGAGCUGCGUAGACGUCUUCCGAUGGCAGGCCUCGGGGCUCACCUAAUGCAUCCAAGAAGAUUACUGUUGCACUCCACUCCCACCCAGCAGACUGAUGUUGUUCUCAUAUUUCCAAAAGGUCUUCCAGACAGCAUGCUUCUGUGGUUGCUGCAGAAGCUUCGCGGCAGCCGGCCCCGGUUGCGUGUGUGCGUGCGCCAACACGCGUCGUCUCAGUGCUCCGCCUUCUAUAUUACUGCAGAUGACGAUGUUCUCUUACAAACUGCCGAGGAGAUCCACCUCCCGAUGUUGUUGAAGCCCGAGUUUGGUGGAGGUUACAAGGAAUUCACUGUUCGGGACAUGCACUGCUUUCAGAGGGGUUCAUCAGCGGCGGAACUACUCAGUUCGCAAGAGCGGGGGGCGCUAGUGAAGCACGUGCUCGAGUCAGCACGCGCGGAGCCCGGAGACGAACAUGCCCUAGAACCUGCGCUUACCUUGCGACCUGGCCAGAGUAUUGUGCCAGCGUGCGUAAGUCGCGGUGUGGUAGCCAGUAUGUUCCCUUUACACGAGAGAACCGCUUUGGAGAGUCUGAGAAAUAAAUGGGUAAAGACUUUAUUCACUCCGCAACCUUUGGAUGAAAUUAGUGAAUAUUUCGGUGUAAAAAUAGCAAUGUAUUUCGCUUGGCUCGGGCAUUAUACGCGGUCACUUACGGUGCCGGCCGUCGUUGGAUUUGUAUUUUGGGUAUGGCUAGGAACAGCAAACGAUUACUGGAAAGACAUAGCUUACGUGCUGUUUUCAUUAUUUAACGUUCUAUGGGCUUGCGUUUAUUUGGAGACAUGGAAAAGAUACUCGAACGUAUUGGCAUAUAGAUGGGGCACUUUAGAUCAGAGGGAUGAAUUAUUGGUGGAGCCGCGCCCGUUGUUUCAGGGAGAAAUGGGUACGAGCGAGGUGACGGGCCGGCCCGAGCCGCAAUACGCGGCGUGGAGGCGGCGCGUGUGGCGCCACUGCGUGUCUUUGCCGCUCAUGCUGUUGUGUCUAGCGGUCGCAGGGCUCGCGACCUUCGCCUUGUUGCGGACACAGGACUGGUGGGAGGAAACUAUAUUCUAUUUCAGUUGGAUACCACGUGCGUUUCUGGCUAUAUUGAUCGCGGUUGAAGAGGAGGUCUAUGCAAGGAUCGCCAGGUGGCUUAACGAUAAAGAAAACUAUCGACUCGAGACAAAGUAUGAAAACCAUCUGAUUCUCAAAAUAGCAUUGUUUCAAUUCGUCAACUCAUUUAUGAGUUUGUUCUACAUUGCGUUUUAUCUUCAGGAUAUGGAUAAAUUAAAAGAGCAAUUAGCAGUGUUACUGAUAACUAGGCAGAUAAUCGGAAACCUCAAAGAAUCAGCUUUGCCUUAUUUGAUUGAGAACCUGAGGUUGGCCAAAAUGUGCUUCGAUGUAUUCGGUGCAAUAAGUCCGAGCAAAAUACCAACAGCAGCACAACUCACUGAUGUGUUUGAAAAGAAGACUUCUUCGUCCGGGGAUGCACCGGAGAUGUUAAUAAACGGUGGAACAGAGAAAGAGGAGAGACGAUACUCUGACUCCCUCGUCGGACAGAAGAUCAUACACCAAGCUGAAUUAGAGUCGCAGUUGUUUAAGUAUGACGGAACGUUCGCGGAAUAUCUCGAGAUGUUAACCCAAUUGGGGCACGUGGUCUUAUUCUCCGCGGCGUUUCCCCUGGCGGCUCUAUGCGCCUUAUUGAACAACGCGUGUGAAGUUCGCGCGGAUGCCUUCAAGCUGUGCCACGUGGCGCAGAGGCCAUUUGGCGAGAGGGUCAGCAGUAUUGGCAGUUGGCAGCAUGCGAUGGAAGCGAUGGUAGCUGUGGCUGUAUUAGUGAAUUGCGCUCUAAUAGGCCUUUCCGGUCCCGUGCAUAGACUCUUACCGGAAGCGACGCCCGCGCAGACGAUAUUAGUCAUUGUUGCACUGGAGCAUGUGGUGUUGGUGAUAGUGCUAUGUUUGCGUAUCGCGAUCCCCGAGAUCCCCGCUUGGUUGGCCACGGAGAUGGCCAAGGUCGAGUUCCAAAGAAGAGAGGCCAUCAAAAAUGCGCACGCACCAUUAUUGUCUGAAGGAACCAGUUCGGACGACAUGCGGUUGUCGAGUCGAAACACGCCGCGCACAAUGACGCCCACCACGCCAAAACAGAUCGACAAGCCGCUCGACAAGAAACGCAUCAACAUCGGCAAAAUACCCGAAAUACCACCGUUCAGGCAGGUUAAAAAGGUGCACGGUUUCAGGCCCAAAGCAGCAUCUAUAACUGAGCCUACCGUCACUACCGGCUCUCUACAGUUGCUACAAGAUGUGAGCCCAACGAAACCAAUACGUCGUAAGGAAGGCACACCCGGAGCACCAUUGUCUCUACUAGGCGUGCGCGGUCUAAGAGACGAGCCUCUGCACAGAUCCGCGCACUGCAUCCCUCACCCAACUCAACACAAACCGCUCAUUAACCCCACUCUGCAGGAGCUAUCAGGCAGCGUGACCGCUGGUGGUUCGGAGCCUGACUUGAACGCGGUCCCUUUGACCACGCCCUCUAUGGAAACAAGUGCCACCUCCAGCGAAGACGACAAACCCAAAGACAAAAGCAGUCGUUCUCGAGCCAGAGCGGCACUAGUGAAACGCGUCCGUUCCGUGGCGGUGUUCUCGCUGGGACUACGCAAAGCGCGAGAGGCCGCGUUAGCUGCGGAUAAACAUUCACCGCACACGCCCGAUAGACCACACACAACGCCUGGUCCUCCAGCACCGAUGCUAGGCGGUGAACUGUCGCUGAUACCAAUCGAGCAGCUUAUACAAGUGGAGGAUGUGAAACCGCGCUCCGCCACAUAAGAAUAUCCUCUACCGUUCACUAUAGCCUACAACACUAUAUCGUAUAUACUGGCAACGUACUCUCUGCGUUGUGUAUUAAGUACUGAAAGAGCUGAGCCCGUAUUCGCUGUGACAUUCCAUAAUACGUAGCUGAAUUUUGUGACGUCAAAUAUCAUUGUUUUCGUAUAAAUCAUCUUAUCUGGUCUCAGUACCCCUAGCACGAGUUUGCACAUCUCGAAAACAAAUGGUUUUUUAAGUUUUGUAGUGUACCGCCUGAGUAAAAGACUAAACCCAUUCUGCACUAUUCAUUUUGAUUACUCAUCAUCGAAUUUCGUUUUCAAAUAGUAUAAAAACUCGUACUUAGAGGGUAUUGAUUUAUCGUCACAGAAUGUCUCAUGAAAGUGCGUAGUUGCGUUUGAAAAAGCAAACACGCAAAUAUCAUGGUUAAUCACGGCUCAUGUGAUCGAGAUAAUUGCGUCAACUGAGCAAUCUUGUGUCUUUUUUCUACAUACUGUCAAUUAUAGUCUAAGUAACACAUUGUCAUAAUCGAAGUAUAUCGUUCACCCUGGAUUCAAUUUAGAAAAAGCUUUUUUGGACGGAAUAAAAUAUUUUGUCAAUGCAACACUUUUGGAUACCAUUCGUAAAAUUGAAAAAAAAAACACGUAUUUUGUCCUUCCAUCCCUUCAAUAUUUUUGUGAAGCUAUUUGAGUUGAUUAACGCCUAACCUUUGGACCGCAGAUCAUCGUUAGAUUCUGCACCGUCACGUAGUUGAUAUCCCUUCCGCUUGGCUUCCAUGUUCCAAAUACGUACUGCACAGAUAUCCCCAUUCCCCAGAGUAAAUAUGCAUCUAGGUAAGAUCUCUAGCGAACUAAUGCCUGAUUUCAAUAAGGACCAUAAAAUUAUGUCUGCAUAAGGAGAUUCCUAGGCAUAUAUCAACUGUCCACCAAGAGUUCUCACCUAAGAGUUUGUGAAACGUUAUUUUUCUAUAGACAUCUCAUACAUCUUUAGUCAUUAGGUUUUGGGACAACGAGCUUAAGCCUGCUAUCGAGACUUUUUGACCUUAUUGAGAAACAUAUAGAUCGUUUAUUUAGCACUGUUUUUAUUGUCAAACAUAUUUAUUGCAUUGUGGUCUCCUAUCGAAAAUUGGAAAACAUUAAGGCCCAUUAUUUGGACACUGAUGCUUGGAACGACGACCGGUUGUGUCGUACGUCUGGUGUAAUUUCAUCUGAAGUUUAUUUUCUCCUGAAUUUGUAAGACCACAUUUAAAGUUUCUCAUAAUAGCAAAGUUUCGAUAACCCAAAAAAGGCGAAUCCUUUUUUGGAUUAUCAAAACUAUCCUAUGUAUAGUAUAUAUAUACUAUUUGUAGUACUGAAAUAUUUAAUUAUACUUCUCGAAACAAGCUCAUUUCGUAUGUUUCCAUUUUCUUACUACAACUGCUAUUUAAUACUUUAUCUGUAACUGAGUUUCGUUGAUCGGACCAAUUUUAGCCACGGUGGUCAAUCUGCAGAGAGAUUUUCCAACUGCGCGGAAGAUGUAGUGCUAAAAUAUGUGUCAACACAGGUCCACUUUCUAUUUCCUCACCCUCAUAGGAAGAUCCAUCUGGCGGAAAAACCGACAGCUUAAAAAAUCUCCGAGGCACGGGGUUUAAUCACCGCCAAUUUCAAAACUUCUGGCUGGUAGUAGGAAUUUCUUGAAAGAAAAACCUAACACUUAUUCACUGUCGAAUUAUGGUAUUUUAACUAAUAAACAACUCUGCCUUUCUUAGCUUAUGAUAUCUCCAGUUUGUUUUUAAUAUGUCCAUUGCUUUGCUGACGCAAUUAUAAAGAUCACAUGCUCUUAGCUCUUAUACGCACAAGAUUUAUGCGUACACAGAAAAAGUGGGAUAUUUAACUGUUUUUAUGUUAUUGUAAAAUAAGCUUUAAAAUCCUCGAUAUAUGUAACUAUGUUUGUUCGCAUUUUUGUCUGUUAUGAAUUUUAAUACUAUAGGUAUAUUGUUUAGUAACACAAGUACUUUUAUUUUAUCAUUUCAAAUGGAUAAUAAUCAAUGUGGCAAUACAAUCAAUGUAUAUAUUAUCGAAUAGAUAAAGCUGAUUGUAUAUCUAGAAGCACGCAACGUACCAACGCAUUUGUGUUGCGAACUAUAUAAGCCAAUAACAUGAUUAGAAGCAGACAUAACGCUGAAAGUUUUUAGAUAAGAAAAUCCAUUUUAUGAUUUCUUUAAUGUUUAUAUUCUUUUUGUUAUACAAAGUCAAAUCACAAUUUGGAUUAAGUAAAUUAACGCAAUCGCUCCCACUCGAUAUUAAUGCACAUAUUUAAUUUUUU